AUGGACCCCGGGGUCAUCGGGCGGAGCCUCCUGGCGCCUUCGCCAGCAGCACCGCCUACGCUGCUGCCGCUGCUGCCGCUGCUGCCUGUGCUGCUGUUGCUGCAGGUGGCCAGCCCAGCCUCUGCCUUUUCGGAAAACCUGCUGACCGCCCCGGGGGUGAUGGGGACCAGUCCGGUCCCCGCCAGCCCCGGGAGCGUGGUGGCUCCGGGAACUACCCCCUUCGAAGAGAGCCGGCUGCCUGUGUUUACCCUAGAUUAUCCCCAUGUGCAGAUUCCCUUUGAGAUUACCCUCUGGAUCCUGCUGGCUUCCUUGGCCAAGAUCGGAUUUCACCUUUAUCACAAGUUGCCCACAAUAGUACCUGAAAGCUGUCUUCUAAUCAUGGUUGGACUUCUGCUAGGUGGGAUUAUAUUUGGAGUAGAUGAAAAGUCUCCACCUGCAAUGAAGACAGAUGUAUUUUUCUUAUAUCUUCUUCCACCCAUUGUUCUUGAUGCAGGAUAUUUUAUGCCAACUCGUCCUUUCUUUGAGAACAUUGGCACCAUAUUCUGGUAUGCUGUUGUAGGGACCCUUUGGAAUUCUAUUGGCAUUGGGAUCUCUCUGUUUGGCAUCUGCCAGAUUGAAGCAUUUGGCUUGACUGACAUCACUUUGCUACAGAGCCUGCUUUUUGGCAGCUUGAUUUCAGCUGUGGAUCCCGUGGCUGUGCUUGCUGUCUUUGAAAACAUUCACGUCAAUGAACAACUUUACAUCCUGGUAUUUGGAGAGUCAUUGUUGAAUGAUGCUGUCACAGUGGUGCUGUACAAUUUGUUCAAGUCUUUUUGCCAGAUGAAAACAAUAGAGACCAUUGAUGUGUUUGCUGGAAUCGCGAACUUCUUUGUGGUGGGAAUCGGGGGGAUAGUGAUUGGAAUCUUGUUGGGCUUUAUAGCAGCAUUUACCACCCGUUUCACACACAAUAUCCGAGUGAUUGAGCCACUCUUUGUCUUCCUAUACAGCUACUUAUCCUACAUCACAGCAGAAAUGUUUCACCUCUCAGGCAUCAUGGCGAUCAUAGCUUGUGCUAUGACCAUGAAUAAAUAUGUGGAAGAAAAUGUAUCUCAAAAAUCUUAUACAACUAUCAAGUAUUUCAUGAAGAUGCUGAGCAGUGUCAGUGAAACCCUGAUCUUCAUCUUCAUGGGAGUGUCGACAGUGGGAAAAAAUCAUGAAUGGAACUGGGCCUUCGUCUGCUUCACCCUGAUCUUCUGUUUGAUCUGGCGUGCACUAGGUGUCUUUGUUUUGACUCAGAUCAUUAACUGGUUCCGGACAAUACCUCUGACUUUUAAAGAUCAGUUCAUCAUUGCCUAUGGAGGACUACGAGGGGCCAUCUGUUUUGCUCUGGUCUUCCUGCUUCCUGCUGCAGUGUUUCCCAGAAAGAAACUGUUUAUUACAGCUGCCAUUGUUGUCAUAUUCUUUACAGUCUUCAUUCAGGGAAUAACUAUUCGACCACUAGUGGAGUUUCUUGAUGUGAAGAGGUCAAAUAAAAAACAACCAGCUGUCAGUGAAGAAAUUCAUUGCCGGUUUUUUGAUCAUGUAAAGACUGGGAUUGAAGAUGUAUGUGGACAUUGGGGUCACAACUUUUGGAGAGAUAGGUUCAAAAAGUUUGAUGAUAAAUACCUGAGGAAGCUUCUGAUUAGGGAAAACCAACCCAAGUCAAGCAUUGUUUCAUUGUAUAAGAAGCUGGAAAUAAAACAUGCAAUAGAGAUGGCAGAGACUGGGAUGAUAAGCACAGUGCCAUCUAUUGCAUCACUUAAUGAUUAUCGUGAGGAAAAAAUAAGAAAGCUGACCCCUGGUGAAAUGGAUGAGAUACGACAAAUAUUGUCAAGGAAUCUCUAUCAAAUACGACAGCGUACUCUGUCUUAUAAUAGACACAACCUGACCACAGAUACAAGUGAAAGGCAAGCCAAAGAGAUUCUGAUCCGACGUCGGCAUAGCUUGAGAGAAAGCAUAAGGAAAGACAACAGCUUGAACCGGGACAGACGGGCAUCUACUUCAACCUCCCGGUAUUUGUCACUACCUAAGAACACUAAACUUCCAGAGAUGUUGAAAAGGAGACAGAACAUGUCUAAUACGGAUGGCAAUAGCAGUGACUCUGAUCCAGAUACUGGGACCACAGUGCUCAAUUUGCAACCCAGGGCAAGGCGUUUUUUGAUGGACCAGCAUCAGAAGGCUCAGCAGCAAUACCGAAUGGAAUGGAGAAACGAAGUGCAUGGAGACGCCAGCAGAGGGCAGCCUUCCAUCACCUUAACUCCCCCCAGCUCAGCGGUCCAAGCACAGACCCCAGGUGUGCUCCGGCAGCCUUUGCUCUCCAAAGCCAGAUUUGGCACUGUGAGAGAAGAAGGCUUGACUGAUGGCAAAAGACCCGUGCCUCCCCCCAGGCUAGUCAGGCGGGCCUCAGAGCCUGGAAACCAGAAAAACAGAUAUGGAAUUGAUAACCCUUAGUGGAAACAGCCAAACCAAGACUGUGGUGACUCGCCUAACACAUCUGUAGCUUAUUAUCCUGAAAAAUGACGGAACAAUUGAAUCCAUUUUAAACUCACUACGGAUCUAAAUAUUUUCUGUGGGAGGCAGGGCCAAGCCAUCGAUUUAAUGGGAUGAAAUGAAAAGCCCAGAAGGAGGAAAACAGACAAAAAAAAAAAGAAAGGGAAAAAAAAGAAAAAAACCAGAAAGCAUCUUUUAUGAGUAGCUUCUAGCAAUUGCAUUCUUUCCAGGCUCAAAAAAAAAAAAAUAAAAGUGUGCCUUUAAUGGUUCUGGAAUUGAAUAACAGAACUAAAAUAUGUUUAGCAAACACCAUUGAUUGUGAAAAUGCAUAUGUCUAUGCCUCAUUCAAGCUUUUAUUUUUGAAACUUUCUUUUCAUCUAUAACCAAUGUCUAAAUGAAUAGUACCCCCAAAAUGUUUUAAAAAUGCAUAGAAUAUAUAUUUUGAAAAAAAAAAAAGAAGGUAGAACUACACGGGGCUAUUUUUGAAGGAUGGCAAAUCUGUCAUCAGUGGUUGGAGGAGUUUCCCAUAAUGCAAUGGGGCAGCAAAAAUUAUUUUUCAGAACAGCGUUCACCUAGAGCAUUCACACGCCUCAAUCAGGAAAUUCAUCAGAUAAGCUCUAUGGACAAAAGUGGCCUGGCUGUCAUUGAGUGAUCUUAGGGUCAUAUGGCAGUCCCCCAACAUAUCAGUGAGGAGCAACUCUAUCUCAGUUUGUUCCUCUCGAUCCUGUGUUUGGCUCUGAUGUGAAAAUUGAAUCUCCACUUCUUGUUUACCUGGUGCAAACAGACUUACUGGGCAGUGUAGGGGAGAGCCGGCACAUGGCGGGUUGCAGACUCACUUGCCUGCAACAUUAUAUGAAGUUCCAACCACACCAUCUGUAGGCAGUGUGUGGGGCAAUAGGGCAUCUCAGAGUUCCAUGUGUUUACAUUGUAUUGGUCGAUAAGUUAAACUGUGCAAUAUUAGGCAGGAUGCAGGCAGCCCUGGAUCCAUGCCCACUUGCUACUAUGUCUUCAAGUAGAAUUGCCCUUUUAGGGGUUUUAGGACAAUGAAUCCAGGUCAUUAGCUUCAGGUUGAGUAGGAUGACAGGUGGUGAAUUAUGCUUCAAAAUUUUACAUUGAGAAAAUGCUCAUUGCUUGUUUGUAGAUUUUUUACCCAGGAGACAUUUUCACGUGAGAAUUUAGAAUAAUCUGCUAUACCUACUUUAAAAUAACAAAAACAAAAAUGACUAGCCUAAAGAUGGUUAUGAAUAAAGCAAAUGCAAUUAUAACUCAAUAUUUUCCCAUCUAAAUUAAACCCUAGAUAUAUGAGUAACCUAAGGGGCAGCAUAAAUUUAAGGAUAUGUGAGAUUUAAGUAUAUCUAGUUGAUAUUUGAUUCAUUAUUCCUUGUAACAUAAUUUUGUCUUGGCCUUCUCUUUUUGCUUUUUAAACUUACUGGUACUAAGAUUUAGACAAAUUAUGUUCACAAAUAAGACUGGAAUUCUGACAGAGGGU